AUGUGUCUCCCAUUCGGCAGAAGAAAGAAACAAGCACAAGUCUACGACUAUCACCCCCAACCAGCAAUGGGAUACGCCGCAAAACAAUACAACUACGGCUACCCAAAGAAGUACAAGAAGCACCGCAAAUAUGGUCACGUCGGUGAAGGCGUAGGUCACAUGGGAGGUUUCUGGGGCGACGGCGGGUUUGGCGGAGGCGAUGGCGGCGGUUGGGGCGGUGAUGGUGGAGGUGGAUGCUCUGGUGGUGAUGGAGGCGGUGGUGGUGGAUGUAGCUAA